GCACUGCUGUGAGAAGCCCAAGCCAAAUGAAGAGCCCACAUGUGGCUGCUGUGCUGUGGAUGACAAUCCCAGCUGAGCCUAGCCUUCCAGUUUUCCCACCUCAAGCAUCAGACCUAUGAGUGAAGAAGCUUCCAGAACGUUCCAGUGCCUGGCCAUCCUCAGGGACCUUUGACCAGCCCAAUUGAUCUGGAGUCCUGGGCAGGCAGCUGGACCAACAGACAGACGCCAUGAGGGCUCUACUGCUCCUGGGGUCCCUGCUGGCUCCACCACCUUGGAAAGCCCCCAGGGAGCAUAAGCACAGCGGAGAGGAGCUCACAGUGGGUCUUACUGUCACUGGGGAGCCCUGCCAUUUCCCCUUCCAGUACCACCGGCAGCUGUACCACAAAUGUAUCCACAAGGGCUGGCCAGGCCCCCGGCCCUGGUGUGCUACCACCCCCAACUUUGAUCAGGACCAGGAAUGGGGAUACUGCCUGGAGCCCAAGAAAGUAAAAGACCACUGCAGCAAACACAACCCCUGCCAGAAGGGAGGGAUCUGUGUGAAUACACUGAGCAGCCCCCACUGCCUCUGUCCAGAACACCUCACUGGGAAGUACUGCCAGAGAGAGAAGUGCUUUGAGCCCCAGCUUCUCCGAUUCUUCCAUGAGAACGAAAUAUGGCUUAAAACUGGAUCAGCAGGUGUGGCCAAAUGCCACUGCAAGGGUCCUGAUGCUCACUGCAGGCCAAUGGCCAGCCAGGGGGUGGCUGCAUUUGCCCCAUCCCCAGCCUGCCGCACCAAUCUGUGUCUCAAUGGGGGCCGCUGCCUAGAGGUGGAGGGUCACCGACUGUGCCAUUGCCCGAUGGGCCACACUGGUCCCUUCUGUGACUUGGACACUGAGACGAGCUGCUAUGAUGGCCGCGGGCUCAGCUACCGCGGCAUGGCCAGGACCACUGUCUCGGGCGCAGCGUGUCAGCGGUGGGCCUCGGAGGCCACCUACCGGAACAUGACUGCAGAGCAAGCGCUGAGCCGGGGAGUAGGCCACCAUGCCUUCUGCCGGAAUCCAGAUAAUGACACCCGCCCUUGGUGCUUCAUCUGGAACGGCAACAGGCUCAGCUGGGAGUAUUGCGACCUGCCACAGUGUCAGACCCCACCCCCGGCAUUGUCUACACCCCAGGUUCACCUCGGGCGUCAAGACCUUCCCAGGCCCGGGCCUUCAGUAUUGCAGAAACUUCCGCCCACGUCCCUGGCCCCAGCCUCGGGGGACGAACUAUCCAGGACCAGCUCGGUUCUCUGCGGACAGCGGCUCCGGAAGCGGCUGUCUUCUCUGAGUCGUAUCGUCGGCGGACUAGUGGCGCUGCCUGGGGCGCACCCCUACAUCGCCGCGCUGUACUGGGGUCACAAUUUCUGCUCCGGCAGCCUCAUCGCCCCCUGCUGGGUGCUGACUGCGGCUCACUGCCUUCAGAACAGGCCAGCGCCCGAGGAGCUGACGGUGGUGCUCGGCCAGGACCGCCAUAACCAGAGCUGUGAGCACUGCCAAACGCUGGCCGUGCGCUCCUACCGCCUCCAUGAGGCCUUCUCAUCCAUCAGCUACCAACACGACCUGGCUCUGCUGCGCCUGCAGGAGAGCGCGGAUGGCAGCUGCGCGCGACUGUCGCCUUACGUGCAACCCGUGUGCCUGCCCAGCGGAGCCAGCCCACCCUCCGAAUCCGAGGCUGCGCUCUGCGAGGUGGCCGGCUGGGGCCAUCAGUUCGAGGGGGCGGAGGAAUAUUCCACCUUCCUACAGGAGGCACAGGUGCCCUUCAUCUCCUUGGAGCGCUGCUCCACCACGGAAGUGCACGGAGACGCCAUCCUUCCUGGUAUGCUCUGCGCUGGCUUCCUUGAGGGCGGCACGGACGCGUGCCAGGGUGACUCCGGGGGCCCUCUGGUGUGCGAGGAUGAGACGGCAGAGCACCGGCUCACCCUUCGAGGCAUCAUCAGCUGGGGCUCUGGCUGUGGCGACCGAAACAAGCCGGGCGUCUACACUGAUGUGGCCAGCUACCUGACUUGGAUCCAGAAGCACACAGCUUCCUGAUUGCCCAGGGACUCAUCUUUCCCUCCUGGGCGAUUCCAGAGUGGGAAGAUGUGGGGCAUUAUCAUGGAUAGUAAAGAUGGUGUCACUUUCCUUUCACCAGCCAGGCUAUGGGGUGUAGGAACUCAAUAAAGGGCUUUCCAAAUGCUUCUCAGGAAA